UCAAACCACGCGUGCGUACGACGAAGCACCCUCCGCGCCCACACCAAAAUACUGUACAAUAAACCAGUGAAAACUCAAAAAACUAACUCAAAAAUAAACUCAAAACACUGUGCCAGUGAAAAUACAUACAAUAUUCGUGUUGGUGUGUGUGAAAAAUGACUAUGUGUGCGUAUUUAGGAUCACAAUUGGGAUAGGAGUGUUAUUGGCGGGACGCUGGGCUAUCUAGUUGAACAGAUGAGGGCGCGUGCGACAAGGACGUGUAGAUGCUGAGCCAUGGAGCCGGGCUGGGUAGUGCUAGCCGCUGCGCUAGUGGCAGUGCUGGCGCAGAACAAUAGAAAUGACGGACCGCGGUUCCUGUCCCGAGGUCACUCCUUCCGCACCGUGGUGGGAGACACGCUUCUGCUGCCGUGCCAAGUUCAGAAUUUGGGGUCGCUGGUGCUGCUGUGGCGGCGCGGGCCGGCGGUGCUCACGGCCGCCAGCCUCAUGGUGACGAGAGACGACCGCUUCCGUCUGGUGGACGGCUACAACCUGCAGAUCACUGACGUGGGCCCACAGGAUGCGGGAGACUACGUUUGCCAGAUAUCAGACCGCGUGUCCAAAGACCAGGUGCACACCGUGGAGGUCCUGGUCCCGCCAAGUGUGAGAGCCUCGCCAGAGUCCCGGCAUGCAGCUGCGCGGCGCGGGGGAGCUGCUGUCCUGGAGUGUCGGGCCUCGGGGAACCCUGUGCCUAGCGUGGUCUGGCAUAAGCUGAACGACUCUUCCGUCCGACUGGCCGAGGGUCCACAACUGCAGCUGUCGCGCCUGGAGCGCCAGCACAGCGGCAAGUACGCCUGCACCGUCGACAACGGCGUGGGGCCGCCCAUCGUGAGCGAGUUCCAGCUGCAGGUCUUGUACCCUCCAGAGAUAACGGUGGAGAGAUCAUGGGUACACACUGGUGAGGGGUUCCGGGCAGAGCUUCUCUGUACGGUGCUGGCUGAUCCUCCUGCUGAGGUGCUGUGGUACCAGAACUCGUUUCCUCUGAGCGCGUCGGAGCGAGUCACCAUGUCGGUGAGGGGCAACAACCAUACGUUGCUCAUAGCCAACGUGCAGCCCGAGGACUUCGGGAACUAUACUUGUGUAGCAGACAACAGCCUGGGCCGCGCGCGCCAGCACGUGGAGGUGUCGGGGCGCCCGGGCGCCGCGCGGUUCACGUCGCCGCCGCUGGCGCGCGCGCGCACCGCCUACACGCUGGCCUUCGCGGUGGACAGCUACCCGCCGCUGGACGAGCUGCGGCUGCUGUACAGGCAACUGGCGGUGAACGAGUCAUUCCAGCAGCCAGGGCGGUGGCACGACGUGGUCAUCCCCGCGCCGGAGCCGGCGGGGUCCCUGACCCACCGGGUCACGCACGAGCUGCGGGGGCUGGACCCCGGGGCCAUGUACGAGGCCAUCGUGCAGGCCAAGAACAGAUACGGGUGGAAUGAGGUGAGCGACAUAUUCCAAUUCCACACACUGGGCGGCACGCACUCGGUCCACGCGGACGAGUUAUCACCAAUGUUCUCGUCGGCAGUCAGGCAUCGACUGAUGACGUAUGCAGUGCUCCUCGCCUUAUAUACCCACAUGGUCGGAUGAUGUUUCUACCCGCGUUUACAAUUUACUUUUUGAUAUUGACAUUUUUUAUUUAUUCUACGUUUUUAAUGUGUAAAGAGUCAUAGGCUUACUGUUUAAAUUAGUCCUCGCUCGCGCAGGCUAGAGGUGUGAUGACAAGAUGGAGUGAAUGACUAGCAGGUGUCAGGCGCAUUCUUCAUUCAUUCACUGAUACGCGAAAAUAUUUAGAGACCUAGAUGCUUUAUAGCUCAAUGUUUAUAAACUGAGUCAUCUCCCGCGUGGAGCAGGGGUGAGUGAUGUCAGUGAUGAGUGACAGGAGCGAGUGGGUAAGCGCAUAAUUCAUUCAUUCAUUCAUUCAUUCAGUGUCAGAUGAGACUUAGACAGUAGGGCUUGCACGGUGCAUGGGUGCGGAAUUUGGUAACGUCAAGGGGAGUGAAUGAGCAGCGUGCAGCAGGCUCACUCUUCAUUCAUUCAGCUUCAGAUGAGAUGUAGGCAUUAGAGCUCGCUAUAGUUAAAGUGAGUCCUCGUCCGCGCGGUGCAGAGGCGGGUGUGACGUCAGAGGGGAUAGAGGAGCGUCAGCGAAAGCAUACGUCAUUCAUUCAUUGACUUCAUUGCCGGCGAGAUGGAAGCAUUAGGCAAGUGACGUCAGAGGGGAAAAAGAAACAGGGGGUAUGGAAAUACUUCAUUAAUUCAUUGAUAGACAGACGGCCUUGUUGCCACAGACAAAGACCCUUAGUUUGACAGACCCUGACUACAAAUCUUUAUCCAUCAGCCGAUUGAAGUUGAAGAAAUGCAAGCAAAAAUUAAAGCAUAACAUAUUAACUAAGGCCUCGCAUGCGCUCUGCAGAGGCGCGAAGUGUGACGUCAGAGAAGUACGAGUGACAAGUAAGAGGGUAAAGAAUCCUUCAUUCAUUCAUUGACAGGCGAGAUGUAGGCAUUAGGUGAGUGACGUCAGAUGAGAAAGAGGAGUAUGGGGUAGGUACAUACUGUAUUCAUUCAUUGAUAAAGACUGAUGGCCUUGAUACCGCGGAUAAGUCACUUAGCUUGGCGAAUACCUGGACACAAGAACUUUAUCAUUAUCAUCAACUGAAUGAAUUGAUGUAGAUUUACAAGACGAAUGUCCUGGGUUCGAUCCCCAUUUGGGCUGAUUAAGGUCUUCUUAAUUGGUCCCGGCCUGGCUGGUGGGAGGCUUCAGCCAUGGUUAGUUACUACACUACGGACAAAGACUUGUCACCAAGCGAUUAGACGUUCCGUUACGAUGUCGUGUAGAAACCGACAGGGUUGUGGAUUUACCUUCUAUUCUUAAAAAGUUAACCCGUUUCCAUCUUAGAUUGCAUCAUCACUUACCAUCAGCCAAGAUUGUCAAGAAAGUUGAAGAAGUGAAAACAUAACAUAUUAUCUACAGCGAAGUAUGACGUUAGGGGGUAUGAGUGAGCUGCAAAAAGGAACAUUCAUUCAUUCAUUCAUCAUUCAGUCAUCAUUGCUCCAUUCAUUUAUUCAUCAUUUAGUCAUCCAUCAUUCAGUCAUCACUCAUCCAUUGAUUCAUUCAUCAUUCAGUAAUCUUUCAUCCAUUCAUUCAUCAAUCCAUUCAUUCAUUCAUUGACUUGACGGACGCGCUUGCUUCCGCGGACGAAAACUCCUUCGAUUCGCUCACACCUGGCCACGUCAUAAUUAUUACCGGAAUAAAUAUAAAAAAAAUUGUACUAAUGUCUUUAAUAAAAAUCUGGUCGUUAUACGAUUACCUUGAACACCAAAUUUUGUAUUAUGUAGAGAGAAUAACCAUCUUGAAUUUUCCUUAAAUGUAUUUGUGUGUAUAUCUGAGUGCCUAGUGGGAGAUUUCAAUGUUUUCACACUGUGACUAUCGCGUAAACGUAAACGCGAAUUUGUAAGAAAUUGAAACAGUUCUGCAGUAUCACUAGAUGGCGCAAUUACAAUUUCUUAGAAAUAUGUGUUUACGUUAACGCGAUCGUCACAGUAUGAGAACAUUGAAUAGUCCCACUAGGCACUCAGAUAUCUCUCAACACUUUUUGAAGAAAAACUUCUGAACGCUUGAAUUGGAGUAAACUGUUACAUGCGUUACAAAAAGUGUAAUCGGGCGAGGCGAACAUUCUAUGUGAGCGUUAGAAGUUUUACUUCAUUAGUGGUCUAUUUCAUACAGAGAUGGUUCUGUACUACCAUUUUGUGUAAAAUAAUAAUAAUUUGUAUAAAAUGAGAGAAUUGUAUGAAUCAACAUUAUAGUAGUAUAAAUGAACAACUUUUAUUGUAAAACCGCGAUCUCAUCUGUGUGCCGAGUGGCAGUUUUCAAUAUUUUCAUACUGUGACGAUCGCGUAAACGUAAACGCGCAUUUCUAAAGACUUAAAACAGUUUUUCAGUAUCACUAGAUGGCGCUGUUUCAAUUCGCGUUUACGUUUACGCGAUCAUCAGAGCAUGAAAAUAUUGAGAACUGCCACUAGGCAUUCUGAUGAUGUCUAAGAUAGAAGCAGACUUACCCUAAAGAGCUAAGUAACUACUUACCUCUACCAUACCUCUGCCGGUUUGUACGCAGUAUGCUAAAUGGUCCGGGAUCCGUAGAACAUUUUGUAAAAUUGAUUACUAUCAAGUUAAUUUUUCGUGAGUAGCUUCAGUUAAACAACGUAACAGUCACAAUGUCCAAAUUGCAUGGAACAUUAUUUCGUUCCAAAGCUCAGAAUUUUUUAUUUCCUGGUAACUCAGUUAGCUACCAGAAUCAAGAAUUUUCGUAAAUAAAAAAGUUUAUCAUAUCAUCGAGAUGAAGCUACUCACGAAAAAUUAACUUGAUAGUAAUCUGUUGUACAAAAUGUUCUACCGAUCCCUGACUAAAAUCGCUUAGCGCUACGUCUUUGCCGGUACGAUGGUAACUAGCCACGGCCGAAGUUACCAUCAGAUAAUAGGAAAUCCUAAAAAGAGGCCCAGAUGUUCAUUAUUUUAGAAUAAUCAUUAAUCUAGAAUUAUUCACGGGAUUUUUAGAAAUCGUAUAUUCAAUGCAGCGUUGUGAGUACAUCAGACUGUUUUUUUUAUAUAUAUUUUAAUUAGUUUAUUAAAAAAAUUGUUUACGUAAUUGAAAAUCUAUAUUUUUGACAUUUUAUUUUUAUUCUUAUAUUAGUUGUAAUUGAAAACAAUAGGUAUAUUAAAUAUAUGAUGUGUGUAUCCGAACGCAUUCUUUGUGAGAUUCUUAAUAUAAAAAGUUAAAGGCACGCGCAGAUUAUGCCUGACAUAACUUUUUAAUUUCGUAUUUACGUUUAUUUGUAAGUAUUAGAAAUUAUGUUAAUCUAGACUGAGAAUUUUUAGAAUAAAUUAAAACUUGUUUUAUUGCACAACACUCAUUACCGUUAGUAAAACUUUUGUAUAUAUUUAGGUAGGGCCCUGUGAAAGUACGUUACUAAAUUAAAAAUUGUUUUUUUUUCUAAUGUCAGAUUAUAAGAAAUGUUUGGGAAACAUAAAUCAAAAACACCAAUCAAAAAGUAAUUCAAAACGUUUUCCAUAAGGUCCUAUUUAAUCAUUUAAUGAUAUAUUAAUUAGAAUGUGUAGCGCUUAUAAAUAUCUCUCUCAUUAAUUUGAAGAAUUUGGUGUUAAUUGAAAAUAAAAAGUAAUCGGAGUAGAAUAAUAAAGAAAUUACUUAUUGACUAGAAUUGCAAGAGUCUGCUCUGCUCUUAGUCUUAUAAUUUAGAGGAAAAAAAAACGUUUUUUUUAUGUGGCGAAACAGGCAAAGGUUCGUCAGCAUUCAGUCUAUUUUUUUUUUAUUUCAAGUAACACCAAAUUAAAAAAUUAUAACAUCACAUCCAUAUGAAUGAAUUUAUUAAUAAUUACGUAGUUAAUAUUAAAUUAAUAUUAAGCAAUAAACACGUGUUAGUGAUACCUAUACCUACAUACGCUACCUUAGACCUAAUAAUUAUUAUUAUUAUAAAAAUAUAUUAUAUUCUCUAUUAUUAUAUGUAAGAUAUUUUUUUUACAUAAAAUUCUUCCCUUAAUUACGUCACUAUUCGUCAUUGGAUCACAUAAAUAUACGCUAAGUAAAAAAAAACAGUAAAAAUAUAUAAAGUUCCAUUUUAAGGAUAAAGAGAAAAUGUGACGUAAUUAAUCGAAAUUAUACCAAGAAAUUGUAUAAAAGAUAAUUUUAAGUGCAAUAUUAAUUUUAGCAUGAAAUCAAAAGCAAUACUUGAUACACAUCACUAUUAUUAUAUUUAAUUGUGCAUCUAUAAAUAUUUUAUAAAAAAUGCGUCAUGCGUUUUAUUUUUUAAAAAUUAAGUGCUAUAUACCCUAACGUAUUUACGAAUUCAAAAUGUAUUUCAUAUAAAUGUCUUAAGUUAUAAAAAAAAUCUUUUUAUUUAUUUGUAUAAUAUUAUGGGUGUAUACAAAUUUCUAUAUAAAUGACAGGUUUAACUUGGGUCUACUAGACUAUCCUUUUACAAUGUUCCUUUUGGAAAGGGACAGAACUAGGUAUUGUACGUUUGCUCUUAAUAUUUUAGAGAUUUGUAUAUAUCCACGUAAUGGUUGUAUUUUUAAAUAUUUUCUUU